AUGUAUUUUGAGAAGACAUUUAAUACAGAUAUUGAGUUGGAGACGCCUCCUAUGACACCAUCUUUCGGAGAAACUAUGUUUAGUGAAUUUGGUUUUGAUGCGGAACUACUAUCUUUUAAUUUUGCACUUCAAGAUCUUGCAGAUGGUUUAAUAAUUUCAAGUGUUUUUCCUUCAGAAGUACUGCGAGACGAUUGUAUGUGGGGUGAAAGUGAUUUCAAAUUCUCCAACUCACUAGAUUCUAGACAUUCUAGGUCAUUGCUAGUGACACCAAUUAAUUUUGCUUUAAAUCCUUCGCCAUUUCCAACUAAUGAUGAUCCAUGUUGUGAUACCUCUAACGAAUAUUCGAUAUUAACUCCGGUUGAUACAGAAAGCGAGGACGAAGUUGAUGUAGUUGGAAUAAGCGAUGGGUCGGUGCUAUGUGGAAACGAAGACAACUCUUUAGAAAGAAAUUCUUCAUUUCUUCCGCCUUUUGACAACAUCUGCUCUCAAACUAGUAACAAUACUGAAAGUUGCUUCGCAACAUCUUUUUUUGCCGAACAUUUUCUUUUUGAUAAAAGAAAAGGUUUAACGUUGAAAAGAAUGAAAACAUCAAGAUCAAAAGCCAAAAGGUUUAAUAACUGCUAUUCUUCCGACGAUAACUCAAACGGUUCGUUAAGUCCUCGACCUCUCGAAAACCGGAAAACUCACAAUCAUUUAGAGAGAAAGAGAAGAGACGAGUUAAAACGCAAAUUCGAUGACUUGCGAAAAUCGUUGCCAGAACUUGAGCUUCACGAAAAGGCUCCUAAAGUGAUUAUCCUUACUAAGGGCAUAGAUCACAUAAAACAACUUGAAAAUGAAGAUAAAAAAUUAACAAUUCAAAAAAACUUAUUAAAAUCGAUAAAUUCCAUGUUGUCAAAAAAACUUAAGAUGCUCACGCGUCAAGAAGAAAUGAAGUUUCGGUUUUAA